AGCUUGCUGGUUUUCUGAAAUGUCAACAAAACUUCACGUUGUGUGAGCUCAGUGUUAACAUAUUUAUAUAGAAAAGUUCUUUGCCUGAAUGAAUAUCGUGCAAACAGUUAGAGCGUAAUUAUCAUCGAGUUUUAUUCUUUACUUCAAAAAAUAAUCAAUUACAGUCAUGACUUACCUCAAUACGUGGGAAGAAUUUGAAAAGGGAGCAGAGAGGUUAUAUCUCCAGGAUCCCAUGAAAGCUCGUUACACAAUGAAGUAUGACCACAAUAAGGGUGUUUUAUGUCUCAAACUUACAGACAACAAAACAUGUUUGCAAUAUAAAACGGAGAUCGCCCAAGACCUGAAAAAAAUGGAGAAGUUUAUAGGAAAUCUGAUGCGACACAUGGCAUCGAAGGAUAACUAGGAAAUAAACUAGGAAAACAUAUAUUUAAAAAAAAUUCUUUACGCACUCUGUACGCAUCGAAUGGUGGGAUUAUAGACAUUUAUUUCAUUGAGGUAUAAAAAGUUUCCUUUAAAUAUACAGUAUGUGCAUAAAAAUGAACUAUCUUCAUUCCAUGUUCUGUGCCUACUUCGGACGAUUUCGUGGCCUCCGAGUGAGCGUCCUGUAACAUUUGAAUAUGAAUGUAAAUGAUCGAAUUCAUUAUUAAGGUACUAGAAAGAUGACUGUAUUCUAUGAAAUUAAAAUUAAUCAACUAGCUUGUCAGCAAA